AUGUGAAUGAAAUAGAGAGUGGCUAUAUCAGCGGCGGAGAGUGCGGGAUGGUCACAGUCGGCACGGCCUCAUUGUCACAACAGUAACAACGUGCGUUUGUUUAUCGCCGAAUAACGCGGGAUAGCAGUGAACGAUCGCCAGUGCAGUAUCAUCAUGGGGGAAGAAUACGAAGAGGUACCUGAAGUCGAGGUUGAGAAUACUGCCAGCCAAGGUGUUCACCUUAAAAAACAACUGGGACUUUUCAAUGGAGUGGCUAUUAUUGUUGGAAUUAUUAUCGGCAGCGGAAUAUUCGUGUCCCCCAAGGGGGUGUUAUUGGAAGCAGGGUCCCUCGGCAGUUCUCUCAUCAUUUGGGGGUUGUGUGGUGUCAUUUGUCUAAUUGGUGCCAUUUGUUAUGCCGAGCUUGGAACAAGCAUCUUAAAGUCUGGAGCUGAUUAUUCUUAUAUCUUUGAGGCGUUCGGUGACAUGCCGGCAUUUCUGUAUCUAUGGGUUGCCAUAGUUAUUAUCAUUCCAACCGGCAACGCGAUUACAGCAAUGACUUUUGCGAACUAUAUUCUCCAGCCUGCGUUUCCAGAUUGCGGGCCACCGGACACUGCGGUCAGUUUACUUGCCGCGCUCUGUAUCACUCUUCUGACAUUUAUCAACUGUACGAAUGUGAAAUGGGCCACCCGGACACAGGACAUCUUCACAGCUACAAAGGUGGUAGCCCUCAUCAUCAUCAUCAUCACUGGAGUGGCCAAGCUGGGCAUGGGGUCAACUGAGAGUUUUCAAGAGCCAUUUUCCGGCUCCACAACGGAUCCCAGCCGUUUUGCCUUGGCAUUCUACUCAGGGUUAUUUUCCUACUCAGGAUGGAGUUAUUUGAACUUCGUCACUGAAGAACUCAAAGAUCCAUACAGAAAUUUACCGCGUGCGAUCUGGAUCUCGAUGCCCAUGGUGACAGUGAUUUACCUGAUGGCAAACGUGGCAUACUUCUCCGUGAUGACGCCUGCUGAAAUGUUAGAAUCGGAUGCAGUAGCUGUUACUUUUGCAAAUCGUACUCUAGGAGUGAUGGCUUGGGUUAUGCCUGUUUUUGUGGCUUGCUCCACAUUUGGUGGUCUCAAUGGUGCAAUCUUCACAUCUUCUAGGUUAUUUUUUGUGGGAGCACGUCAAGGUCAUCUGCCUGGUUUCCUAGCAACCAUUAGUCUGAAGACGAUGACACCAUUGCCUUCAUUGUUGUUUGGGUGCAUCAUGUCCCUGGUGAUGCUGUGCAGCAAUGAUGUGUACGCUUUAAUCAACUACGGGUCGUUCGUGGAGUCACUCUUCAUCGCGCUCUCUGUGGCUGGCCUGCUGUUUCUCAGAUAUACCCGUCCAAAUAUGGAACGUCCAAUCAAGGUGAACAUCUUCUUCCCGGUGUUCUUCCUGGUGAUCUGUCUGUUCCUGCUGAUCACGCCGUUGACGUCCAGUCCCAUGGAGUGUCUCAUGGGCCUCGUCAUGAUCGCCACCGGGAUCCCCGUCUACUUCCUGGGGGUCAUGUGGAAGAAGAAACCAAGGGCAAUCCAUAAGUUGCUGAAUACGACUACAAGGUUUACCCAGAAACUGUUCUACGCAGCACGAGAAGAACUGAAAGAAGAUUAAGCAUUAGCGUCCUAGUAGUCUCCGAAUUGAUGGUCGUAGUUUCCUGGAAGUAACUAGUAUGGAUUAACAGGCUAAUGGACAAGUUAGGCUCCUCAGUAAUGAGGUACUUGACUAAUUUAGACUCAUUAACAAAGAGACUAUGCAUUGUAUGAAGGGGCGUGGCAAUAUAUUAAGUCUCGAAGUUGCACUUGUUUUCCGCAUGCUGAUAACCAUGAGAGCAACAUUAAUAUUUAUGUCACCAAAUAGGACAAUGUCUGUGAAUGCUUAGGAACUGAACAUUUAAUAUUCUUGGGGUCCCCCGAGUUUUUUUUCAAAAAAAUAAUUUGGUCCAGAAAAUGUUUGAAAAUACAUUUUGGUAUUUAAAUAGAAGGUACUUUUUCACUGGACAUGCUCUUUCGUUGAAAUGUCUGAAGCAUAAUUUGUUUUUGAAUCAUUUUAUAAGACAAUAUAUGUUUUUCGAUUGUGUCCUGGGCCUCCUCCCAGAAUGUCAAAUGGUGGUUCCCCAAUUAUCGCUGUUGUAAGUUGCCCUACUAAGACUGAACAUUUACAUUUACAUAUGUCGUACAGAAAACAGCAUUGUAGGAGGUGAAUAUAAUUGCCUUGUAUCUAUCAUCAAAAACAUUUUUGUUUCAUCGACGUUUGAACUAAGUUUGUUUGCUGCCACUCGAUUUUUUACAAGUUUAGCAAAUUGUAGAAUUUUUAUAAGGCUAAAAAAAUAAUAGUCUUGGUUCUCAGGCACUGCCUGCAUCAUCAUAAAAUUUGCCACAGGUUUCGUUUUUUGUUUCCAUAUUUUACUCAUCAAGGCAUACAUUUAUGUAGGGAGGCC